GAAUUUCCUUCGGUAUUUUUCUCCAAGCAGGCAAUCAUGAGUGAUCGAAAGGCAGUGAUCAAAAAUGCGGACAUGUCAGAAGAGAUGCAGCAAGAUGCUGUGGAAUGUGCAACUCAAGCCUUGGAGAAAUACAACAUUGAGAAGGACAUUGCUGCUCACAUAAAGAAGGAGUUUGACAAGAAAUACAAUCCCACUUGGCACUGCAUCGUGGGAAGGAAUUUUGGCAGCUACGUGACUCAUGAGACCAAGCACUUCAUCUACUUCUACCUCGGCCAAGUCGCUAUUCUUCUUUUCAAGUCUGGCUAGAACCAUGGACUGUUACUGAAACUUGCAUCCAGUUACAGGACUCUGACUAGUUACUGCAGCCUUCCUGAGGACACAGGCCUUGAUCUUCAAGGGCAAUGGCAGGGAUUAUGUUGUAACAGAUGACAUUACAUUGUGGAUAUAAAAAGGAAAAGUACCAAAAAAGUCUUCCUUGUAUUUAUUUUUUUUUCAGAAGGCUCCUCCUUUGCUACUAGAGCUGUUGGAGCAGUUUUGCUUUUGCAAGUUUUAUAGCCAUCUACUGUAUUUCCAGAUUACUGCUAGUGCUAUGCAAGUACUGACAGUGUUUAGCUCUUUAUGUUUCAAACUUCUCUUAUUCUUCUGAUUUUACUUUUAUAAAAUAAUUUUCCCCGUCUUGUUUUGCUGAAUGUGCUGUCCCAAAAAUUGAGCUGUUUCUUUUUCUGCUGUCUCUGGAGAAGUGCGCUGGAGAAUAAAAGCCAAGUUCUACCCCA